AUGUCGAGGUUCAUCGUUAAAAUCCCAACCGACGAGGAUACACUAAACCCUCGACCAUCUCUCUUGUGUAAUCUUCAAGAGAUUCGCAAAGUCGGCUGCGGAGGCUAUGUGAUGCUGCUCGCCAACGGCAUCCAAAUGGCACGCCUGCUUCGUUUUAGCGACCAAACACGCACCAUUGACACACGUGCUCGGUUUAUCAUGCUCCACGAUUACCGACUGUUUCAACCGGAAAUGCACUAUCUUUGGAAACGAAUCGUUAAUGUCGUGUUCGUUAGGCCACUUCGCAACAGACGGGCCCUGGAUCGAAGGAUACAGAGUGAGCACGGCGGUACGGUUUACGAGCUGAGCACCGUGCCCUUUCCAAUACCGUUAAAAGGAAUAUUUUUCUCCAAAAUACUUAACUUUUGGCAAAAUGGAAAAUUUCGAACGCUGCCCAAUAGCCGGAAAGCGUUGUUUGGUGACAAAACGAACGAUCUGCAGGGCCAGCUAAUGCAUGUGGCCGUACUAGAACAUACGCCAGCGGUUUUUAAAUCGAACGUUCCUGCUCACACGCUUUACUAUGGAGUUGAAAUCGAACUGCUUAAAGCGAUCGCGAAUGUGAUGCACUUUCGAAUGUCGUUCUACGAAACGCCGGAUGCAGAAACGGAACGUUGGGGCGUUCAACAGGACAACGGCAAGCUAACUGGACUGUUAGGCGAGAUGCGCGAAGGACGAGCAGACUUUGCCCUAGCUGAUCUACAUCACACCCAAUACCAUCUAGCAUUCAUGGAUCUCAGUACACCCUACAACACGGAAUGUCUCACGUUCCUGACCCCAGAAGCGUUGAGCGAUAACUCGUGGAAAACUCUGAUACUACCGUUUAAUGGAGAAAUGUGGGCCGGUGUGUUGGUAUCCUUGUUCUCCGUCGGUUUCGUGUUUUAUGCUUUCUCCAACAUAUUGGCUUACAUGCACCGCCACGAACGAGCCUAUCGACCAGACUAUGAUCUGCUCCAGCGUCGUCGUCAUCGGAAACAACGGAGAUUGAUCUGUGCAAAGCUGCACAUGGUACCAUUCAAACGACGUCCGGAACCAUGGCACGAUCCAUUACCAGCGCAGGAUAUUUUUGAUACCUUUUCCGGCUGUAUUCUGUACACGUACAGUAUGCUGCUCUUGGUUUCCCUGCCACGCAUUCCGGCAGGUUGGCCAUUGCGUGUACUGACCGGAUGUUACUGGGUAUACUGUUUGCUGUUAGUCGUUGCCUAUAGAGCUUCCUUUACAGCCAUCUUGGCUAAUCCGGUGCCACGACUCACCAUCGACACGCUGCAUGAUUUAGCGGCAAGCCCUAUCUCUUGUGGUGCCUGGGGUGAGCAAAAUCGACUUUUCUUAUCGGCUAUCGGCAUUGUUAAACUGGAACACGCUCCAAACGCAGAGGAUGCUGUCGAACGGGUCGUAGAAGGCAUGUAUGCCUAUUACGAGAACAUCUAUCUAUUACGUGAGCUACGAUCGACCAGAAAGUCGGAGAAAGCACGCCAAACGCUACACAUAAUGCAAGAGUGUGCCGUCCAUAUGCCCGUCUCGAUAGGACUGGAAAAGAAUUCUCCGCUGAAACCACAGGUCGAUCGUUACGUACGUGCGCUUAUCGAAGGAGGUCUGACUGGAAAAUGGUUAUCGGAUGCGAUCGAACGGUUCCAAUCCAAUGUCGAACUACCACCGCAAGAAGCGACGAUCGAUCUAAAAAAGAUGUAUGCAGGUUUAGUUGCUCUUGCCAUUGGUUAUAGUGUCAGCAUAAUGGCCCUCGCUGCCGAGAAAUUGUACUGGCGUUUUGUCGUCGAGACUAAUCCAGCGUUCGAUAAGUAUCUACUAGGACUUAGAUUCAGUACCAGGCGAGGCUGA